AUGGACAUGCUACCCAUGGCGGGGGAGGGGCAUUUCCAGCCUCUACCUCCACUAACUCGUCGCCUGUGGGCCGAGAGCAAACUUCGGUCUCUGGCCUCAGUUCCCUCGUUUGUGAAGUGUAGCCUCUGGAGCCAGUCGUUCGCCUCCCCGGUAACCCCGUCCCCCGGGGUGGACUUUCCCCUGUCCGCUGCCUCUCCCCUGGGUCCCGGAGGCCGAGUCUGCAGGUGGGGGCACCUCCCUCGCCGGGGACUGCGUCUCGAUGGCCCGAGGUGUCGCGUGGGGACUGAAGUUGGUGCCGUCAGACCUGUCAGCCCCUGCCCCGACACCCGCCCCCCAGCUCAGGAGCUUUGCUCCGGGAAGGCUGUUGGCAGUGGGGUGGGGUCGGGGUGCCCAGUCCAGGACAGUGAGGAGGAGAUGAGGGCAGAGACAGGACCUUUCCUCUCACCCAAACCCAAGGCAGCUUGGGGGCCUCGGUCAAGUCCCUCUGGGCCUCCUGGGAGCCCCUCGGAGCACCGAGAUGUGGCCCAGCCCCUCCUCUGCCGCCCCCUCCCCGACAUCCCAGCUGCACCGCUUCCUCUCAUAAAUGCAUGA